AUGGUAGGUGGUGGAACUGGUGCUGUUUUCCAGUCUGAAGGGGUGUCGUUGACGCCGUUCGUGCGGCACUGGCAGCCGGUGGACUACGAGCCGUUGACGCCGGCCCGACGGCGUCGCUCGCUACCGCAGCACACGCCGUCUCCGCCAUCCCCGCAGCCGCUGCGUCUCUCCUUCAGAGCACAUAACAGGGAGUUCCGACUUGUGCUGCGGCCCGACCCCAGUUCCGUGUUCAGCGAGGAUGUGCAGUUCCAUUCGUCAGCCGGUCCCAUCCACUACAACCCUGCUCAGGUGUACUCCGGGAAGCUUGAAGGUGAUGAAACAUCGCAUGUAUACGGCGUGAUAACAGCUGAUGGUCUUUUCGAUGGAACGAUUUGGACCGCUACCGAGGAGUACUACGUGGAGCCUCUGUCUCGCUACAAUGUGGAACACCCUUCCAUGCACAGUGUUAUUUAUCGUACGUCCGACGUUAAGAAGGAUGGGGAAGGCCAACACUGUGCAUCACAUCUACUUCACAUCAAGCGAACUUUAGGUCACAAUGCUGAACUGUUUAACUUAACUAACCAUUGGAAUGCAACAGAAACUUAUUUAAAUAAUUACACGGAAGAUCUGAACAGCGAAGUACAUCAACGAAAGAAACGAUGGCUCCCCGAAGACGAAAUGCAAGACGACCAGCCAAAGAAAAACCCUGACUUACCUUUGGAUUUAGACGUGCCGUACACCAGCAACAGCGAUCCCUUCGAUAAAUUUAGUACGAGAAAACCUAAAACGAAGAUAGACAAAAGUAACCUCAUAACUAAAGUGCGACUCGAUUCCGAAGAAACGAGACCGAAACCAAAGACCCACGUUGAAGUCAUUAAAACUAAAGCGGGUGUUGUAACAGUUAGUAAAGACGUUGUUAAGAAGGAACCUGUCGGGUACACGGUGCUGACGGCGAAUGCAACAGAUGAUGGAAGACAUGUUAAUAAAAGAGCUACUGUGGAUCCGAGGAAAACCACGUGCUUAGUGUACCUACAGGCCGAUCAUAUGUUCUACCAAAGAUACGGAUCGGAGGAAGCAUGUAUAGAAGUUAUGACACGUCACGUGCAGAAAGUUAACGCCAUUUACAAAGUCACAGAUUUCAAUCAAGAUGGAAAACCGGACAACAUAACAUUUAUGAUUAAGAGAAUAAAAGUACACACCUUAGAUGCUUUGAAGGAUCCCGCUUAUCGAUUUCCUAAUAACUACGGCGUCGAAAAAUAUUUGGAGCUUUUUUCAGAGGAAGACUACGACGCCUUCUGUUUGGCUUACAUGUUUACGUAUCGAGAUUUCGAAAUGGGUACUUUAGGACUUGCUUGGACCGGUGACCUCAAGAAUGCUGGUGGCGUAUGUGAAAAGAACGGGCACUACCGUGGCAGCAUGAAGUCUCUCAACACGGGUAUCGUGACACUGCUGAACUACGGUAAACACGUGCCUCCGGCAGUGUCACACGUCACGCUAGCACAUGAGAUCGGCCACAAUUUCGGCUCUCCGCAUGACCCCGAAGUGUGCACGCCUUUUGGCGAGGACGGUAACUACAUAAUGUUCGCGCGCGCGACGAGCGGAGACAGGAAGAACAACAACAAGUUUUCACCGUGUUCGCUGCGCGCCAUCGACCCCGUUCUCAACAAUAAGGCCCGCUCACCUAAGGGAUGCUUUACAGAGCCGCAGCCGGCCAUCUGCGGCAACGGCGUGGUGGAGGAGGGCGAGGAGUGUGACUGCGGCUGGGCGUCCGAGUGCACGGACGUGUGCUGCCGGCCGCAGGCCGCGCGCCCGCACUACAAGCCCUGCACGCUCACCGAGCACAGCGUCUGCAGCCCCAGCCAGGGCCCGUGCUGCACGGCGUCGUGCACGCUCAAAUUCGGCGACAAGUGCCGCUCGGACAACGGCUGCCGCGACGCCGCGCACUGCGACGGCCGCCGCGCCGCCUGCCCGCCCAGCCGCCACAAGCCCAACCGCACCAGAUGCGACAAGGAGCUCGUCUGCUUCAUGGGGGAGUGCACGGGCUCAAUCUGCCUGGCGUACGGGCUGGAGUCGUGCCAGUGCGCGGCGCGCGCGGACGACCCGCGCUCGGCGUGCGAGCUGUGCUGCCGCGCGCCGGGCGGCGCCUGCGUCUCCUCGUUCCGCUGGAACACGCCGCCCUACGACGUGCCCGACAUGUACGCGAAGCCCGGCACGCCCUGCAACGAUUACAACGGCUACUGCGACGUGUUCCAACGCUGCCGCGAAGUGGAUCCGUCGGGUCCUCUAGCGACUUUACGCAAGCUGCUGCUUUCGGACGAGAGCCUCGCCGGCUUCAAACGGUGGGUGCUUCGGCACUGGUACGCCGUGCUACUCAUCCUGCUCGCUGUCAUCGGGUUGCUGUUUGCAAGUACCCGUUUCCUGGGCCGUCACGGCAAAAAGCUUAAGUCCGUCACUAUAAUUCACUCAUCGACAACUGAAACCGUCCGCUUACCCGACGCAGCUGAUCAAGGAUUGAUCGUUCAUACAGCUGUUAGGUCCAAACUUCCCCUUAAGAAGAAAGUGGCUCUGCGAACACGAGCGUACAGAAGCAAGAAGGACCAUCAGAACAAGCAAGGAGACAAAGCGUCGCCUUCUUAUAACGCGAACAAAAAGAGAAAGCCGAGUAAUCAGUCUAAGUCAGAAGAGACACGUAAAGUUACUAAAGAAAACACUGCUAUAGUAACAAACGCGGAAGGAAAAUCUCCAAAACACGUGCUUCUGUCCAAAAACAAGGGAAAAAUCAAGAAACGCAAGGCUAAAGUGAAGAAAGAGACCAUAGACUACAGUUCAAUGCAGAAACUUCCUUCGUCUCCAGUCAAAGACACAGAAGCAUUGUCGAAAGUGCAAAAAUGGCUUCUCAGCUCCCCUCAACCGACAGCCAUACCUAAAUCCAAAUCCAUACCAUUAGGUCUAACCGAAAGAACUAACAGACAAAUUUCGAAGGGAUCGCGGAAAACUAGACCUUCGAAGAGCGCAACAAACCUCCUUGCUGGCGAAAAGGCCAGACUGCAAGUCGUAUUCAAACCACCCUUCAGAUUUAGCGUGAAAAUUUGCAAAAGCGAUAAAACCAAAGUUGUUUUAGACAAGUCGUCCAAACCUGACAUUGAUAAGAAGCGACAUGAUUUACCCCAACAGACGUGCCCGGCAGACCCUGUGAAUGCUAACACCUCUAAAGUUAAACAUUCAAAUUCGUCUAAAACCAACACAGUCAACACAACAUCCAGUGCUAAAUCAGAUAAAACACAGGUUCAAGAAAAGGUCGCUCAUGGUUACGAAAACCUACUCCCACGCAGCGCCAGUGAUUGCAAAUUGGGGAAGAAUCUUCUAGAAGGAAAACACAGAAGUGGUCACAAAAAGAGUAAUUCAUUCGGUCAAAAACGAGAGACUACCGAAAGCCGACAGAACCUCAUAACCCAAGACGACUGCGACACUGCGCACGUGUAUGAAAACGUCCUAAUGCCGCAAGAUAACUUCGUACCAAAGAGUUGCAGUAUGCCACGUAGAAUAACGACCAGCGGAAUAUCGAGGCAAAGCAGUUACGGACAUUUACCGAGGGCUCAAAUUCGCCAACAUAGGCACAGUACAAACAACGUCAGCAGAUCGCGAACAAACAGCGCCAACGAACUCGAACACUUCUACAAUAUAAUAGAAACAUUGCGCCGAGGCAACACAAACACGUGCGAAACUAACACAAGCAGCUCUUCUGGAAGCAGUCGCCAUGAAACUGUGAAGGAUGGCGCGCGACAGAGUAGGACCUCGCGACAGAACAGUCUAGUCGACAAGUCACGCUUGAGCCCGACAGAAGUGACCAAAUUAAAGCGACAAUCAAGUGAGGCUGAACUUGGCAAAUCUCAAUUCACCGACACCAGCCGAGGCUUCCAGUUAGUGGUGGGGAAGGACAAACUGAAGCGUCAAUUAAGCGACAACGAACUGUCCAGGUCACGCUUGCAAUUGGCUAUGCCAAUGUCGGCAGGGGCGGAGCCGCGUCAACCAUUUUGUUGGAAUAAACGGGCAAGCCUUGAUUGUGAAGCUACAUUAGGCCAUCGUUUGUCUUCAAAAUCUCGAGGAAAUAAAGUGAAAUCAACUUACACGUUCGGUGAACUGAAAAAUACCGUCCCCAACGCGACUGAAACAAACGUUGAAGGUAUCCACAUCUCACCAGAGGACUUCUUAAAAAUCAUAGACAAUUAA